AUGGACGGUCGCAGGUGUCCCACAAAAGACACGCCCUCUGUCCCCGCUGGCGAGUCGCUGGCAAUCCCACAAAGACACGCCCUCUGUCCCUGGCGAUUAUUUGUGUUCGCUGGCAUCCCACAAAGACACGCCCUCAAUCCCUGGCAGUCGCUGGCAUCCCCACAAAGACACGCCCUUGUCCUGGCAUCGCUGGCAUCCCACAAGACACGCCCUCUGUCCCCUGGUGAGUCCGCUGGCAGCCCCACAAAGACACGCCCUCUGUCCCCUGGCGAGUCGCUGGCAUCCACACAAAGACACGCCCACUCUGUCCCUGGGAUCGCUGGCACCCACAAAGGACCACGCCCUCUGUCCCCCUGCGAGUCGCUGGCAUCCCACCAAGACACGCCCUCUGUCCCCUGGCGAGUCCGCUGGAUCCCACAAAGACACCCCUCUGUCCCCGGGCGGUCGAGGGCAUCCCACCAAAAGACACGCCCUCUAUUCCCUGGCGAGUCGCUGGCAUCCCAACAAAGACACCGCCGCUCUGUACCUGGCGAGUCCUGGGCAUCCCACAAAGACAAACGCCCUCUAAUCCCUGGCGAGUCGCUGCAUCCACAAAGACACCCCACUGUCCCCUGGCAGAGACGCUGGCAUCCCACAAAGACACGCCCUCUAUCCCCUGGCGAGUCGCUGGCAUCCCACAAAGAACGACCGCCCUCUGUUCCCUGGCGAGUCGCUGGGCAACCCACAAAGACACGCCAUCUAUCCUCCCUGGCGAUGUCGCUGGCAUCCCACAAAGACACGCCCUCCCUGUCCGCCUGGCGAGUCUCUGGCAUCCCACAAAGACACGCCCUCUAUCCCUUAGGCCGAUCGCUGGCAUCCCACAAAGACACGCCCUACUGUUCCCCUGGCGAGUCGCUGGCAUCCCACAAAGACACGCCCUCUGUCCCCCUGGCGAGUCGCUGGCAUCCCACAAAGACACGCCCAGACUGUCGCCCUGGCGAGUCGCUGCAUCCCACAAGACACCCCUCUGUCCCCCUGGCGAGUCCGCUGGCAUCCCACAAAGACAAACGCCCACUGUCCCCUGGCGAGUCGCUGGCAUCCCACAAAGAACAACGCCCUCUAUCCCUGGCGAGUCGCUGGCAUCCCACAAAGCCACGCCCUCUGUCCCCUGGCGAGUCGCUGGCAUCCCCACAAAGACAACGCCCUCUGCCCUGCGAGUCGCUGGCAUCCCACAAAGACACCCCUCUGAGCUGUCCCCUGGUUGAAUCGCUGGCAUCCCACAAAGACACGCCCUGCUGUCCCCUGGCGAGUCGCUGGCAAUGCCCACAAAACAACGCCCUCUGUCCCCAGGCAGUUCGCUGGCAUCCCGCCAACAAAGACACGCCCUCUGUCCCCUGGCUGAGUUCCGCUGGCAUCCCACAAAGACACGCCCUCUGUUCGCCCUGGCGAGUCGCGGGCUAUCCCACAAAGACACCCCUCUGUCCCCCUGCGAGUCGCUGGCAUUCGCCACAAAGACACUCCCUCUAUCCCUGGCGCGUCGCUGGCAUCCCACAAAGACACCGCCCUCCUGGUCCCCUGCGAGUCGCUGGCCAAGAUCCCCACAAAGAACACGCCCUCUGUCCCUGCGAGUCGCUGGCAUCCCACAAAGACACUCCCUCUUGUCCCCUGCUAGUCGCUGGCGAUCCCACAAGACACGCCCUCCUGUCCCCUGGCGAGUCGCAGGCAUCCCUACAAAGACAACGCCCCUGUUCCCCUGGGGCGAUUCCUGGCAUCCCACAAAGACACCCCUCUUCCCGAGCGAUGAGUCGCUAG